AUGCACUCAUUUGAGCAAUCAUUCAAUAUCACAUCGGACCUCAAUGAUCCCAAUCCAAUCUUCUAUACCUCACCCAGCUGUGCAGAUCUCGAUCCAAAUUACCUUCUCGAGGCCUUUCAUCAAUUCCCCCACGGCGACUUCCGACCCACAUUCUACAAUCCAUUCGAGAUCAAGCAUCGUCGUCGUACAUCCAGAGCCCAACUCAAGGUCCUCGAGAAAUCCUUUGCCGAAAACCCAAAGCCUAAUGCAACCGUCCGUCGCAUCUUGGCCCAAAAAUUAGACAUGACUCCGCGUGGUGUCCAGAUCUGGUUCCAGAACCGUAGAGCAAAGGCAAAAUUGCAACGUCGCAAGUCG